AUGUAUUUCAUCACUCUUGUUCUAGAAAACCUUGCACUGUCAUCAGAUGACAAUGAGGACCUGAUAUAUUGUUUGAAGGUAAUGAACCAGUAUGAUUAUUACAGAAACGGGGAUUAUAAGAGAAGAAGUUGUAGUAGGAGUUAUGACCGGUUUGAACGUGAUCGAUAUCAUGAGAGAAACAGAGACUAUCGGCGUAGAAGCAUGAGCCGCAGUGCAAGUCAUGGCUAUUCUAAAGGUCGAGCAAUAGGUGCUUCUCCUGCUCUCCGCAACCCUAGUCCUCGAAAAAGUCUUUCCCCACACAAGGCAUCUCCCAGGGGUGAAAGUCUAGAAAGCAGUUUUGAUGGGCGGUCAACAAGUUCUCGAAGUGAUUCACCACGAGGUCGUCCUGCUGAUUCUCGUAUCCCUUCUCCUCGGAACUCUGAUGUUGAUGUGAGCUUCACUUUCUAA